UUUUUUUCUCUCUCUUUCUUCUUUCUCUUUCUUUUCUGUCUUUUUUAUUUUUUUUCGCGCCGACGAUCUUCUCCAUUCCCUUACCGUUGAUUCAACGACAUGCCCGAAGCGUUUUGGGGUUUGUCAUUAGCACCUGAACAACCUCAUGCACUUAACCAUGUCGGAACGUUACAUAUCACUCAAGCAGUACUUUCAUCGACUGAAGUUAAACCGGGAAAAACAUAUCUAAAGAUCAAAUCAAAUGCUGAUGAAUACGUUUUAUGUACCUUGGCAACAGACUCUAUGAUAUUAUACUUUUAGUUUCAGGACCAAAUUCAGUAUCAUUGACAGGACGACUAUUUGAUAACGAUGACGAAGAUUUUCAAUUAGAUGAAGAAGAUGAAGACGAUGACACCUCUGGUAUGCUUCAAUUCCGGGAUCCAUCUGAUAAUCGAUUCUUAGGAGGAUUUGAAUUACGCCACUUUGGGUUGGGGUCUCCCCCUUUGAUGCCAACAUGUGAUAAUAUUAAUUUACGACAAGAAGAGACAACAGAAGAAGAAAAAGUAUUACAUGACAACAUUGUACAAGGUUUAAUUAAUUCAAUGUUCAAUUCUGGUGAUCCUUAUCAAAGGCAGACUGCCAAAACGAUAUCAAAAAAACUGAAAAAGGCUGGCAAGAAAAAGAUGAACAAAGGAAAAUGAAAUGGAAAUGGGACUCCUAGGAACCGUAUAGUCUAUAGUUUAUAUAUAUAUUCAUAUCAACAAAAUUAAUAAUAAAUAAAAAAAAAAAAAG